AUGGAUUAUAAAGAUGAGCAAAAGCAUGAGUUCCCUCAAAAAAAUAAUCUAAAUCAUAGUGCGGUCGAAUAUGAAAAUAAUAAGAAUGAGCAACUCGACCGUAAAAAUAAUAAGGAUGAGCAGUUUGACCGUAAAAAUAAGAAUGAACAGUUCGACCAUAAAAGUAAUAAGAACGAACGGUCCGUAAUCGGGCGUUUAGACCGUAAAAAUAAUAAGAAUGAGCAGUUCGACCGUGAAAAUAAUAAGAAUGAACAGUUCGACCAUAAAAGUAAUAAGAACAAACGGUCCGUAAUCAGGCGUUUCAACAGUAAAAAUAACAAGAACGAACGGUCCGUAAUCAGACGUUCCGACCGUAAAAAUAAUAAGAACGAACGGUCCGUAAUUAGGCGUUUCGACCGUGAAAAUAAUAAGAAUGAGCAGUUCGACCGUAAAAAUAAUACGAAUGAGCAGUUCGACCGUGAAAAUAAUAAGAAUGAGCAGUUCGACCGUAAAAAUAAUACGAAUGAGCAGUCCGACCGUAAAAAUAAUACGAAUGAGCAGUCCGACCGUGAAAAUAAUAAGAAUGAGCAGUCCGACCGUAAAAAUAACACGAAUGAGCAGUUCGACCGUGAAAAUAAUAAGAAUGAGCAGUCCGACCGUGAAAAUAAUAAGAAUGAGCAGUCCGACCGUAAAAAUAACACGAAUGAGCAGUUCGACCGUGAAAAUAAUAAGAAUGAGCAGUCCGACCGUGAAAAUAAUAAGAAUGAGCAGUCCGACCGUAAAAAUAACACGAAUGAGCAGUUCGACCGUGAAAAUAAUAAGAAUGAGCAGUCCGACCGUGAAAAUAAUAAGAAUGAGCAGUCCGACCGUAAAAAUAACACGAAUGAGCA